AUGGAGUUUGUCACGCAGCAGCUCAACUCGACCGUCGGGUCGCUCCUGAACCCGGCUACCACUCAGGUUGCCGCCGAGCUUUACAAGAACACCGACUUCGCCUCGCUCAACAUCUUGGAACGGGCAUGGGCCAACUGGUACCUGUACUGGGAUAACCCGGUGCUGGCGACGGGCAUCAUGUCGUUCGUAUUGCACGAGCUCGUCUACUUUGGUCGCGCCAUCCCUUGGAUGAUCAUCGAUCGCAUGCCCAGCAUGCGCAAGUACAAGCUGCAGGAGGAAAAGGUACCCUCGCCCGAGCAGCAGUGGAAGUGCACCAAGUACGUGCUGCUCUCUCACUUCACCGUCGAGCUGCCUCAGAUCUGGUCGUUCCACCCCAUCUGCGAGUACUUUGGUCUGGCCACCCACGAGGUGCCCUUCCCGCACUGGACCAAGGUCGCCUGGCAGCUCGGCUGCUUCUUCGUGUUCGAGGACGCCUUCCACUACUGGGCGCACCGCGCGCUCCACUGGGGACCACUGUACAAGCACAUCCACAAGAAGCACCACGAAUACUCGGCGCCCUUCGGUCUGGCUGCGGAAUACGCGCACCCGCUCGAAGUGCUGAUCCUCGGCAUGGGCACCGUUGGAGGUCCCUUCGCGCUGUGCGCCUUCACCAAGGAUCUGCAUAUCUUGACGGUGUACAUCUGGAUCGUGCUGCGUUUGUUCCAGGCGAUCGAUGCGCACUCGGGCUACGACUUCCCCAUCUCGCUGCACAACUGGAUCCCGUUCUGGGCCGGUGCGGACCACCACGACUACCACCAUCAGGCGUUUGUGGGCUGCUACUCGACGUCGUUCCGAUGGUGGGACCACUUCCUGGGCACGGACCUGUCGUACAAGCGCCACCGUGCUCGUCAGGCCGAGAAGAAGCGCAAGGCUCUGGAGGGCGCCAACAUCAAGGCUCAAUGA